GGGCACGUGACACCUGGGACAAAGUCAAAAAGAAAUGCGCGCGCAGAAUUUCUUCCCAUUUGUAAUCCAAACUCCACUAGCUGGUCAGUUAUGGAGGAACGUGAAGACUUCGUGAACACUUUUAAAACACAGGUUAAAAUGGUUUUGGAUAUUCUGUUAAAUGUCGCCGUAUCGGAGAUAACGCAUGUUUUCCAAGGCACUUCGGGUAACGCUAAUAUCCAGAAUACAGUAUUACCCGUUGCUUUUUGCGCCGGAGACCACACCAUAGAGGCGGUGCAGGCAUGCAGACUGAAGAAUGCAUUGGAGAUGGCAAUAUGCACAUACACACGGGAAACCACUGAAAUGACACCACGUGCAACUCGACAUGAUAGUGGUGAGGCCCCCAGUGGCUCUGUUGCUAUGCCAAGACGUGAUGAUGGUGAAGACAUGCACGUUAAUCUUAAAUAUGAGAGAUUGGACAUGGACUGGGAGGUGGUGAAGGUUGGUGUCUUCGAGGAGGGUGACAGUAUUGGGAAAAGCAUGCAAAAGAGUCAAGAAUAUGAAUGUCUUGUCUCUGAAUUGACGUUUGAACCAUCGACAUCCUCAGAGGUCUCGGGCCCCCACUGCAUACACACUGAAGACAGUGCCACCACCACCCUGUCACUGUGUUCAAAUGACACCGUAUUGUUUAACUCCCCGACAGACAGACUGACUGAACAGGAGGUGCAGGUGGGUUCUUCCCAGGCCCCACAUCCAGUGCCCCUGAAAUGGCUUCUAUUUCCUCUUCCUAUCUCGGUCAGCCCAGUAAAAAAAGUGGAAUUAGAAAGUGGGAAACUGGAGCCUGUUCCCAUUGCCAUCAGCACGCCGGUGGAUUCGGAACAACAGCCAGCCAACACCCUUAGGAUUAUAGAUACAGAACCCAUGCUUAGAACACCUCUGGGACACCUGGAAGCACUCACUGACUAUGACAUCAGUGGUGCUGCUCUCAAAGAAGAGCCACUAGGAAGCUUGGGACAACCGGAAGUCAAGGAGGAGAUUGAGCUGGUCCGGCAUACUGCACAACCAAGUACACAACGGUACAAUGACAUUACAGCAACAACACAACGAAGCACGCUACAAGAGCCAAUUCUCACCCAAGUAAACCCCAAUGUACAUGUGGCCACACAAGCAAGCAUUAUACUAAACCCAGCAGCAAAGGAAGAGCAGCGAGACCGAGGGGGACCAGUGUUGAGCGGGACCAGAAGCAGAAAAGGCUGUGACACCACUUCCACAGCACUUCAAGCCACCUCCUCCAUGUCACCUCACCACUCUCCCCUCACCCCCUCCACUCCACCACUACUACUACCCCAUGAGCUGGAGAAGCAGAUGAGAACCUGUUCAGUGAAGCUUGAGGACUUGCGGCUGGUGGGACACUGCCACCGUCCUCUGCGCAUCUGCUGGGACUGUGGCAAGAUCUUCUACCGGAAACGGAAGCUGAGGUGGCACCGCCGUUUAAUCCACACCGGAGAGAAACCGUACUGCUGCUCCCAGUGUCACCGGGCGUUCUCGCUCCGGAAGAAUCUGAAGCACCACCAGAGGGCCCACACAGGUGAGAAACCGUACCACUGUAAAGACUGCGGGAAGCAGUUCCGGUGCAACGGGAAACUGACGACCCACAUGAGGUUUCACACAGGGGAGAAACCCUUCGGCUGCACCCUCUGUGGGAAAAAAUACAGGGUGCUAAAGAACUUAAAGACACACAUGGCCACCGCACACCCACACCCUGGCCGAUGUCUUAACCGUUAGAACAAGUCCAAAAUGGUACCCUAUUCCCUUUUGUAUUACACUACUUUUGUCUUCUAUUGCUCCCUCUGGGAACAAGGGGCGGAAGAACUUGACACAUGACAUCCAGACAUAAAGACAUUGAGAUGAAAGACCACCCCAAUACAGUGAAAGACUGAAUAGUAGAAGAUUCUGGAUAGAAUACUUUAGUGGGAUGCAGUGUAGGCGACCUUCGUGUUAUCUAGAGAUCUACAACUACGGUUGAAGUCGGAAGUUUACAUACACCUUAACCAAAUACAUUUCAACUCAGUUUUUCACAAUUCCUGAGAUUGAAUCCUAGUAAAAAAAAAGUCCCUGUCUUAGGUCAGUUAGGAUCACCACUUUAUUUUAGGAAUGUGAAAUGUCAAUAAUAGUAGAGUGUUAUAUUUCAGCUGUUUACUUCCACUAGCUUCCCACAAUAAGUUGGGUGAAUUUUGGCCCAUUCCUCUUGAAAGAGCUGGUGUAACUGAGUCAGGUUUGGAGGCCUCCUUGCUCACACAUGCAUUUUCAGUUCUGCCCACACAUUUUCUAUAGGAUUGAGGUCAGGGCUUUGUGAUGGCCACUCCAAUACCUUGACAUUAUCUUAAGCCAUUUUGCCUCAACUUUGGAAGUAUGCUUGGGGUCACUGUCCAUUUGGAAGACCCAUUUGCAGCCGAGCUUUAACUUCCUGACUGUCUUGCUGUUGCUUCAAUAUAUCCACAUAAUGUUCCUGCCUCAUGAUGCUAUCUAUUUUGUGAAGUGCACCAGUCCCUGCUGCUGCAAAGCACCCCCUCAACAUGAUGCUGUCACCCCCUGUGCUUCACGGUUGGAAUGGUGCUCUUUGGCUUACCAGCCUCCCUUUUUCCUCCGAACAUAACAAUGGUCAUUAUGUUCAAACAGUUCUAUUUUUGUUUCAUCAGACCAGAGGACAUUUCUCCAAAGUGCACAAUCUUUGUCACCAUGUGCAGUUGCAAACUGUAGUCUGGCUUUUUUACAUGGUGGUUUUGGAGCAGUGACUUUUUCCUUCCUGAACGGCCUUUCAGGUUAUGUCAAUAUAGGACUCGUUUUACUGUGAAUAUAGAUGCUUUUGCACCAGUUUCCUCCAGCAUCUUCACAGGGUCCUUUGCUGUUGUUCUGGGAUUGAUUUGCACUUUUUUCACCAAAGCACGUUCAUCUCUAGGAGACAGAAAGCAUCUCCUUCCUGAGCGGUAUGAUGGCUGCGUGGUCCUAUGGUGUUUAUACUUGCGUACUAUUGUUUGUACAGAUAAACGUGGUACCGUCAGGCGUUUGGAAAUUGCUCCCAAGAAUGAACCAGACUUGUGAAGAUCAACACAAAAAAAAUGUCCUGAGGUCUUGGCCGAUUUUCUUUUGAAUUUCCCAUGAUGUCAAGCAAAGAGGCCCUGAGUUGUUUGAAGGUAGGCCUUGAAAUACAUCCACAGGUGCACCUCCAAUUGACUCAAAUGGUGUCAAUUAGCCUAGCAGAAGCUUCUAAAGCCAUAAUGUCAUUUUCUUGACUUUUCCAAGCUUUUUAAAGGCAGUCAGCUUAGUGCAUGUUAACUUCUGACCCACUGGACUUGUGAUACAGUGAAUUAUACGUUUGUAAACAAUUGUUGGAAAAAUUACUUGCACAAAAGUAGAUGUCCUAACUAGCUUGCCAAAGCUAGUUUGUUAACAAGAAAUUUGUGGAGUGGUUUAAAAAAAAGUUUUAAUGAUUCCAACCUAAGUGUAUGUAAACUUCCGACUUCAACUGUAAAGGUAUGACCAUGUGUAAAGUCCUUCAAUAUGUUGUAGAUCCAUCCUUCAAAACAUGUUAGAUCCAUUUAGAUGUUUCAUAUUGUACACAGGAAAACCACUUGCUGACAGACUUUGAAAACAAAGUGUGUACGUGAGAGAAAGGUUAGAGCUGGAUGCUGUUGACACAGUGAAUGAUGAGCCAGGAUGUUGAGAAAAGGUCUUUCCUGCCUGGCUGUUGCAUACUCUAAGCCUUAUGCCGAUUCGGAGAUCGGAAAUGUCAGAUAUCAGUGCGUUCAAGACAACUGGGAAAUUGUGAUCAAAACAAAUUUUCCAUGUCAGUUUUUUUUACGGUGUUCCAAGUCGGGAACACGUAUUCUUUCUAGAACCGACCUUUAAGAUCACUGAUGUCAUGAUUUGACCUUGUUCCCAGUUGUCUUGAACGCACCAUUAGAAACUAGUGUUUUGCAUGCCUCUUCCUAAGAUGGCUGACCUAUAACUAUGAACACUAUGGUCCUUACAACAAUGGAUAACACACCUCGUUGUACUCAUACACUGAUAAUGUUAUAGAACACCAUGUGAGAUUCUCAAUUCCAUAUUCCUCACGUCCUCUCUCCGUGCCUCCUUCUCAAAAUCCAUUGGAUGAGAAAGCCAGAGGUCCCUCCACUCUGACCUUCUCCUACAAUUGGUUUUGUUACGGAGUACUCGAGGAGUAUGACAUUUACAUUCCCCUAGGUACUGAGGCAGUUUCUCCUGAUCAGGAAAACAUUCUGGGCCCUAGAUGUCCAGAGGGCUAUACUACAAUGCAGGCUCAAGGAGUAAACCUGCUAAAUUGCCUAAAUAUUCUGAAAUAACAAAACAAAAAUUGAAAGAUGAGCAUGGUCUACUUAACUCGACAACCAAAAAUGCAUGUCUAAGUUCUUUUAUCAAUGAUAAAAUAAUUAUUUCUGGUUUUAUCAAAGUUAGCUGGCUUUGAUCCUACUUUGUAUUAUACUCCUCUGGUCAAACCAUGUUUGAAGCACUCCUGACCCUACCUAGGCAGAUCAUAUGGUACUAUACUGUAGUGUAGUUACUAGCUAGCAUACUAAAUGUCUCUUUCAGACAAAUACACUAACACCAUCUGCGGAUGCCAAUGUUUUCUGUUGAAGUGAUUGAACCCAAAUACAUGUUCAUGUGUACUCUUUGGUGGAAGGAAGUUCUUGGAGUAAUAUUGAAUUGUUCUGUCAGGAUGUUUGGACACUGACUCUUUACUUUCAUUUGAUCAUAAUUAUUCAGUUAUCAUUUGCUAUAUUUUUGUUUCUCCCACAGAUUCAUGCAUUGAUGCAGUGCCUUGCAAAAGUAUUCAGACCCCUUUGAUUUCAUCACAUUGUGUUACAAAGUGGACUUAAAAUAGAUUUGUCUUUUUUUUAAAAAUUGGUCAACAAUCUGUCAGUGUAAAAAAAGAAGGUAAAAUACAUUGAUAAAAUAUUAACAUUAAAAUGUGUCAAUCCAAGUGGUCUGAAUACUUUGCAGUGCACUGUAUAUGGACUUGUAAUUGUGUUGUUUUGUUGCACCAUUGACAUCAGAUAUAGGAGUAAAGUAUGCAAAAUAACUGGUUUAUUUAAUUGAAGUACUUUACUUUUAUUGGUAAUAUUAUGAGUGUCAGCUUUUCAUAUCAAACCGUACAUUGUUCUUUUACACAUUAAAUUAAAUGGUGGGUC